GUGCUCAUCCGGCGUUGUCGUCCUCAAGCUUCUCUUGCAAGCAAGGCGUGCAGAUCUCACCAAGAUGGAUGUGCUGUCAGACACCUUCACGACGCUGGCAGCGGCUGUUGAGGUACUGUGAUAGACCACCCAUAUCCCCGUUCUGACGUCUGACUUGUGUGUGCAGGCUGCUGGGUCUCAGGUCGGCGUGCCCAUCACUGCGGAGAUAUCUCUGGCUGUGGUGCUGCUGGCCGUCCUCUGUACUCUGCUCGUCAUCGUCUCACGUGAGAGAGCCUGCCACCGGCGCAGCACAACCAUGCAUUUGUUUGCACUGUGUGUUGGUGUUUGGUUUGGUAUCUUCAGUUGCUCGGAGCCUUCGUAAGGGCACUCGUCGCCUUUCUCGAGGAGAUCUGUUGCUCAUCGCCGGCCAGUGCGACGCCGGCAAGACGGCACUCUUCCACUACGUGAGCUGGACAGCAACACACACAUCCCAUCCCGCGCCGCCUGAUGCCGCGUGAUACUCUCCUAUCGUGUGGUGUGUGUUGUGUGUAGUUGCGGUCUGGUGACUUCCCUGAGACGGUUUCGUCACUGAAGCCGAACACCGACAUCAUCAACGUUCUCCACAAGGUGGGCAGAGCUAGACAGAUACAGAAACACCAAGCACGUCGAGCAGAUGUGUGUGCAUCCAUCGUGUGCGCACUCUGUCUGCAGGAUGAGGGCGACGCGUCGAGCAGCGGCGGCGGCGGUGUUGGUGGAAUAGAGGUGUGCGACUACCCCGGCCACCAGCGGCUCAGUCAUGGCUUCUUUGGCCACCUCAAGCGGGCACGGUGUGUCGUGUAUGUCAUCGAUGCGACCGACAAGGCCGCACUCAAAAACGUCGCAGAGUGAGGGAGGGAGGCAGGGAGAGAGAGAGGGAGGGUCUGGAAGAAUGGAAAAUGCAGGGUACACGCGUCGUGUGUGUGUGUGUCAUCAGGCACUUGUAUGAGAUCUUCACCCACCCGGCGACCAACAAGCUGCGGCCGCCACUGCUGCUGGCGUGCAACAAGAGCGACGUGCCGACAGCCCGCAAGCCUGACAUGGUCAAAGACGACAUUGAAAGGGAAAUGUAAGCCUUAGACACACACAGCAAACCAGACAGAUAGGGAGAGAGUGUGGCCAUGUGCGCUGUGUUGCUUUCUUGGUUGGACUGAUCAGCGAGCGUCUGCGUCAGUCCCGGAGUGCGACGCUGGAGGGUCAGGACGAGGCUGACAACUACCUGGGUGUGGACGGGGAGACCUUCAAGCUCGACAUGGCGCCAUGCAGAGUGGUGAGUGAGUGAAUGAAUGAAUGAAUCAAUGCACACACACACACACGUGGUGAAGGCACAUACACCGACAAGGGUGUUGUGUGUGUGGCUGUGUGUGUGUUUGUCAGGAUAUGUGUCGCAUGUCUGUCAAGAAGGCCGAGGUGCAGGACGUCAUCAAAUUCCUCGCGGACAACUACCGCUAAUACUCAUUAGACGCUGAGGCAAUUAGUCGUUGCGUGUCAAUUUCUGUACAGACAGACAGACGGACUGACAU